AUGCAAACACUAAUAUUGCAUUUAGGGUUCUGGUCGAGCUUUCGCCAAUGGCUCCAGAGAUUAGACGUCCAGGAAGACUUCCGUAAAACGUUUGAAGUGAGUGGUACUGAAAGCGAUGAUGGAGAAUGUUUCAGGGCUCGUCGCCUCGGUUUAGCACCACUUGCCAUACCUGAGGUGCAACAGGAGUUGAUCGCAAAGGCAGAAUCCGUAUGGACAGAAAAGGUGACUCAGCAGCGUGAGAACGCCGGAGAGAAUCUAGCGGCUUUGGUCAAGCUGUUUAUGCAUAUGCCAAGUCUAAAAGGCAUCGAAAUUAGGGAGUGGAGCUUCAAUCUGGGCGAGUAUGGUUUCCCAGGCUCUGGAGAGAGGAUACGCAGCUUUCUGGUCUUCAACGAGGUCGAGACAUUUAGCCGCGAGUUGGGCGAACAGUUUGGCGGCUGUAGCACGACAUGGAAGUACAUUGAACUGCUAAGCUCCGCAGUGCAACUGGCGAAGAUCCAUAUUGCAAGUCUAUCUAUUCCCAAGAUUGACUUGUUCACCCUUACAACAAAUGACGCUCUGGAGAAUCUCUUCAGCCCCUUGACCGGUCUCUCUUUUAACGUUGAGAGUGCUCGUCUGGUGCGAGACUCUGUUGAAAACAACGACACAUCACCCUUUGCCGCAUUGCUUCGUCGCGCAUCGCAGACCCUAGAGGACCUAGAAUGCAAGGUCACCACGUGGUAUUUUGACAUACCAAACCACGAAAACCCCCUCCUCAACAGGCUAUUCGGUGGAUCUUGUGGCUCGGGUCCAACAGACACGACCCCAUUAGUUUUCCCAGCGUUGAAGGCGUUGAAGCUUCAAAAUGUUGAAGUCGACGCGGCAUACCUGAUCGACUCUGUCUCUCAGCAGCCGAAACUACAGUACGCACACUUUGAAUUGGUUGAUCUAACCUCCGAAGGUUACUUGUGGAGUGAUGUCGCUGAACACCUACCACCAUCGUGCAAGAAACUCUAUAUCGUCAAUUGUGGGCACGGCACGUUUGCCCCAAAUGAGCCCGUUGUCGGUGGCAAGGGCAAAGCAUUCUUUCCCUACGAAGAAGGUUUCCCAGCUACAUCUGAUUGGACAGUGGAUGAGUCUUUCCUUGAACAAGAGAUGGAUGACCAUCUGGGGUCAGGGUCGCCAGGCCCAGCCCCUGGAUCGGGCGGACGUGCGCGGUGUUUCGGAGAUCUUGAAUUAGCCAGGAAAUAUGCAGCGCUGGAUAGCUAA